GGGGCCGCCGGCCGGGGCGCUCGCCGCACUCGACGCUGGAGCCGGGAGCCCGCGGCCGUCGCCAUGUCCCACCAGACCGGCAUCCAAGCAAGUGAAGAUGUUAAAGAUAUCUUUGCCAGAGCAAGAAAUGGAAAGUACAGACUUCUGAAGAUAUCUAUUGAAAAUGAGCAACUUGUGAUUGGCUCCUCUCGUCAGCCUUUAGACUCUUGGGAUAAGGAUUAUGAUCCUUUUAUUUUACCCCUGUUGGAGGACAAACAACCAUGCUACAUAUUAUUCAGGUUAGAUUCUCAGAAUGCCCAGGGAUAUGAAUGGAUAUUCAUUGCCUGGUCUCCAGAUCAUUCUCAUGUUCGUCAAAAAAUGCUGUAUGCAGCAACAAGAGCAACUCUGAAAAAAGAGUUUGGAGGUGGCCACAUUAAAGAUGAAGUAUUUGGAACAGUGAAGGAAGAUGUAUGCUUACAUGGAUAUAAAAAAUACUUGCUGUCACAGUCUUCGCCUGCCCCACUGACUGCAGCUGAGGAGGAGUUACGGCAGAUAAAAAUCAAUGAGGUACAGACUGACGUGGGUGUGGACACUAAGCAUCAAACACUACAAGGAGUGGCAUUUCCUAUUUCUCGAGAAGCUUUACAAGCUCUGGAAAAGUUGAAUAACAGACAGCUGAACUAUGUGCAGUUGGAAAUAGAUAUAAAAAAUGAAAUAAUAAUUUUGGCCAAUACAACAAAUACAGAAUUAAAAGAUUUGCCAAAGAGGAUUCCUAAGGAUUCAGCACGCUACCAUUUCUUUCUGUAUAAACAUUCCCAUGAAGGAGACUAUUUAGAGUCCAUAGUUUUUAUUUACUCGAUGCCUGGAUACACAUGCAGUAUAAGAGAACGGAUGCUAUAUUCCAGUUGCAAGAGCCCUCUCCUGGAAAUUGUAGAAAGACAACUACAAAUGGAUGUGAUAAGAAAGAUGGAGAUAGACAACGGGGAUGAGCUGACUGCAGACUUCCUUUAUGAAGAAGUGCACCCCAAGCAGCACGCACACAAGCAGAGUUUCGCAAAACCAAAAGGUCCUGCAGGAAAAAGAGGAAUCCGAAGACUAAUUAGGGGUCCAGCUGAAACAGAAGCCACUGCUGAUUAAAAUUGUUGCAUUAAACAUUGCAAUACUAGUUUUUUAAAAGUCCAGCAUUUAGUACAGGAGAACUGAAAUCAUUCCAUGUUGCUAUAGAGGAGGGAAAAAUUGUACUUUUUGAAAAACGGCACUUUUCACUUCAGUGUGUUUUUAAAAUUAAUGUUAUAGAAGACUCAUGAUUUCUAUUUUUGAGUUAAAAUUAGAAAAGUGUUCAACAUAGUAAUAUUUAAUUUUGUCACAUUGUUUUCAUAGAGUGUUGAUUCCACACUUUCACAUAAUUCUUAAAGUUUAUAUAGUUGAGCCAAUUCCAGAAAAGUCUAAUGUCUUAAAAUAGAGUAUACUUCUUGUUACUCUUCAGUGAGUCAGUGAGUCACUUUUUAAUGGAAGAAAGACCUUAAAUUGUUCACACUACGUGAUGAAUGUGUUAGGGGCCAGGUUCGAUGACUUCAUAACCUGAAAUAUUGGUGUGCCUGUGAAAGCGGGAAGUUGCUCCCUUGAGGAGUGGUGCUGUCAGGCUAGGAUCACGUCUGCAGCUGUGGGGAGAGUGCUUGGUUGCAGCUGUCUUUUUCUACUUGACUUUUUUUUUUUUUUUAAUGGCAUUAAAACUUCAAAUCAGUUCACUCUGAAAUUUGAAGGGUACCAGGUUUUUUCUAUGCUGCAGGAUUUCUGAUGACAGUGAAAGACUUUGAACACAGCCUUAGGAAAUUCUAGUGCUUUAAAAAAAUGUCCAUUUUCAAAGUCAUUGUAAGUACUGUGAGGCCAAAUAUGUACGUUCAGAUUGAAGUUUAAAUUAAUAGCUUUCAAAAGGAAGCAGAGUCUUAGACAUCAAGAUUGAUGUUUUUCUUCAUGGAAAAUACAUUUUUUGAAAAGCUUCCUGAAGCCCCCUUGUAUUUAGAGGCAGUAGUGCUCUGUUUUGAGAAAAUACUCAGAUUUUAAAAUGUUUUAACGUCCUACUGUUUAUCAGCCUGAUAUGGAUAAACACUUAAGAAUGUUAUUUCAUUUAAAAUCUUUUCAAAACACAUUUGUUUUCUAAAGCUUCAUUUUCGGUUACAACCUAGAAAGAUUUUGAGCCUCAUCUUUACUUUGAUACUUGAAAUUGAAGGAGCAAGGACAGUUCAUGGUGAACCUGUUGAGCCUGCUGCAGGGCCAUACCUGUGUGGAGUGUUCAAAAUGAACUCUGGGUAUCUGGGAUUUGGACUUUCUUGAUCUAAACUUUAUGCUGCAUACAACAGAUUUCAAAUGCACAUUUCAUAGUAUGAAAUAUGAAGCACUCAUUUCCAAACCUUAUUAUCUAAGGUAAUAUAUGCACCUUUCAGAAAUUCAGUGUGUGUUGAAGUAAAGCAUAUUAGAAUAAUUAUGGGUUGACAGAUUUUUUUAUUAGAAUUAAGAGUGUGUGGGGCUUUUUGUUUACAAGUAAUCAGACUAAUAGUUACAUGUGCAAAAUAAUUGACAAUGUUGCACUUGUUUACUACAGAUAGUUGUUCCAUGAGUGCAAACAUGAACACUCUCAACACACAAUCAUUAGGAAAGGAGCAGCUGUGUUGCAGACAGCAGCUGCAGCUUGUCACUUCUGCCAGGAAGCCUGGGACUGAUGAGACGGAAACAGUAGUGAGCGUUUCCUGUACCAUCCAUGUGCAAUUGUACUUUAGAUCCCACUACACUACAUCAAAGUAAUGGACAUUCCAGAGUAUAGAUGUGAUUAUAUAAUCUUAAGUGUUACGACACCAAUGAUUGCUAAAAUCAGUGAGUAUAACUCAUUGUUUACAGUAUGUUUUAGCUGGCACUAGGUGGUGAAUAACAUAUUCCCAGUACCUUUAUAGCAGCGAAGAGUUAACAUGCCUUCUGUGGAUGUUUUAUAAGUGCAUUUUAUAUCACAAUAAAAGUUUUUCUCUUUAA